GCUGAUCGUGCCAAUCCGUCUGCUAUAAUAAAUCCAGCAUAAUGCAUUGAGUCGCCGCUUGCCCGUUGUCCGAGCUAAUCUUCCAGAGAUCCCGACCGUUUUUAUGGGAAUAAAAAAAAACGUAAAAAAAGAAACCAUUGAAAUGAGCUAGACCACAAUGUGUCACCAUUGCUGCCCAACUCCAUUCCCCAGGGUAUAAAUAGAGGAGAACUGCGUAGAUGAGCUGCCAGAACUGGAAGUGAUUCGAAAUAGAAGCAAGAUGAGAGCCAGAGAUUCCUUUUUGACGAUCCUUCUGAUUGCCUGCUGUUUGGAUUGGAGUAGCGCUCUUUUCUUUAAAUCGUGGAAAUCGGGAAAAGGAUAUAGUGGAGUUCAAAGCUAUGGGAACAAUGGCUAUGGAAACUCCGCCUAUGGCAACUAUGGCUCUGGAAACUACGGUUACGGGAACUAUGCUGGAGGAUAUGGCUACAACUACCCAUCCUAUCCUGCAUACAAUUCCUACUCGUCAUACCCUUAUUCAGCCCACUCUUAUUCUUACCCGAGCGGAGGACGAAAACCCUCUGGAAAUCGUCAAGGACGUACAUAUUCUCAAAUAGCGAAAGUCAUUAACCCUGCUCCUUAUGUAGGUCCUGGAGGCAGUCGCUUUCUUCCCCGUACUCCCUAUUCCGCACUUUGGGGUUAAAGAUUUCCUUGUUUUAAAUCAUCUUGUCAGCAGUAUUAAGUAUU